GGGAGGCACCCAGCGCGCGUUCCGUGUCGCCCAUUGUUGUCCUCGUCGCGCGUAAUGGCCACCGUGAGCAUUCGUUAACGCGUCGUAAAGUACGCCAUAUCGCAUCCCGGCCUAUCCUAUACGACGGAUAACGCUGCGAGUCUUAUCCAGUCGCGAAACAUCGCGUACGACAGUUUUUAUAUCGCCAUCGCCGCCGAACGAGGUGCGGACAAAGUGCGAGCGAGCGAGGUGAACGAGCGAGGAAGCGGGACAGAGCGGACGAAAGGGAGCGACAAAGAGGAAACGACGUACGCGACGAGGAAGGAGCGGCGGCGGCCGCGCGUUUCGUACUCACAGUCGCCGCAACCGCCACCGCGCCGCUCUACGCAGCCGACCAUGAUUUGCGCGGGCCGACGUUGACAAGCGUGUGAUUCCGAAGGUGAUCGUUCGCGCGCGCUCAAACCGCGUGCUGGAACAUACCGAGCGCGUGGUUGGGCGAGCCAAGCCAAGCCAUUCCAAGCCAAGCCAAGCGGACCCGAGCCGAACCGAACCGAGACGAGCCGGACGAGUGGGUGAACGGAACACAGAACGUUACGAGCGAAACCAACACCAACAAGAUCGUCGCGAUUUCGGACGACGCAGUUCCAGCAUCACGAAGCUAUCAUUUCGAGUUCCUAAGAAGCGUCCGUCGAAAUCGAACGCCAUUGAUCUCGCGCGCGGCUCCAACAGCGCGAUAAGAGCGUCGCGCGCGCGGCACGCAACACGGUGUGGCAAGAGGAGAGCGGCGCUCUCCUCUUCCCCCUCCCCCUCCCCGACCGUUCUCCCUCGUAGAUGCUGAACGUGAGCCGCAUCGUGUUCUUACGACGACGUGCACGCCCGCGCGUAUCCGCGACGUCGUCUUCGUGGUGCCUGCCGCACGGCAGCUUGCGCCGCCACCGCCGCCGUCAUGGCAACUAGAGGAUCAUCGGUUACUGCUCGGCAGCCGGACUAUUAACCCCGCGGCUCGUCGGACUAUUACACGGUCAAAGGCAAUACAUCAAUGGCCCUAGAAUCAAAUGGCAACAACGUGGUGUGGUUGAACACAACCCGUCCUGAUCAAAUACAGCAGAGUCAACCAAUCGAGCAGCCAUUGAAGUGUUCCAUGUUUACUCAAACGGAGCAAACUAAUAGUUUUACUCAGACGGAACAGAGCAAUUCAAGUUACGGAGACCAGAGACAGCAGCAAACAGCAAUGUUUGACCCACAGCAGAUUCAGCAGCAAGCUGCUGCGCAGGGUCAGCAGUCGCAGCAGCAGCAGCAGACUCAGCAGAUGUAUGUCACAUCGGAUAAGAAGGAGGACAAAUCUCAGCAGCAGCAACAGACGACUACUACUGAGUUCCCUUCCUCCUUCUAUUACAACGUCAACAUGUUACAGAAGGUUCAGACAAAUGCGGUGAGCACAAUCAGUGCAAUCACCGAUGACAAGGGUUGUUACCGUUUCGAUGUUCAACCUGUCGGUUAUAAUACAUUGCUAAACCAGAUGAGUAUUGCCGCUGCGACCGCAAAUGCAACGUUCAAGUGUGAGAUUUGUGGUCUGGUCUUCGGUCACAUGAGCCUGCUGCAGCAUCAUAAGCGGAUUCACACCUCGACGCCCAGCAAUUUGCAGCAGCAACCGCAGCAGAUUGUGGUACAAACGCCGACAACAGUGACUGUCGCCACUACACCAGAAAGACCGUAUACUUGUGACGUUUGUGGAGCGUGUUUUGCAUUACCGGGAGAAUUAAAAAGUCACAAAACAAAUAUGCAUCAGAAACCAAAGGUGCAAAUUUGUGAAGAUUGUGGCAGUGAGGACCCAUGCGAACAUCAUCCAACUAAAGUUAAAAAGACUAUCAAACCUGGUCAUCAUCCUGUAAAACGAAGGGGUGUUACCAGCGUCACCAAAUGUCACAAGUGCAAUGGCACGGGGAUUAUUUUUAUAGGUGGCAAGCAAAACAGUCAAAAUCAAGCGGAGAAACCAUUUCAUUGUAACGUUUGUGAUGGUACAUUUUCUCGAUAUUCUUCACUCUGGUCCCAUAAAAGACUUCAUUCGGGAGACAAACCAUUCAAAUGUGAAGUCUGCGGCUUAGCCUUUGCUAAGGCUGCUUAUUUAAAGAAUCAUGGAAGAGUUCAUACUGGUGAAAAACCGUUCAAGUGCAACGUUUGCGGCAUGCAGUUUUCACAGAGCCCACACUUGAAGAAUCACGAACGAAUUCAUUCCGGCGAGCGACCCUAUCAAUGCGAGGUUUGCGAAAAGACGUUUGCCAGACAUUCAACGCUCUGGAAUCAUAGAAGAAUUCACACCGGCGAAAAGCCAUAUAGGUGUAAUAUAUGCGGUUCCGCCUUCAAUCAAGCCACACAUCUCAAAAACCACGCAAAAGUCCAUACCGGUGAAAAACCGCAUAGGUGCGAUAUAUGCGAGAUUGGCUUUUCCGAUCGUUUUGCACUGAAGCGUCACCGUGCGAUUCACGAAAAAUAUGGCCAGACGGCACGAAACCAGAAUGCAAAUAAUCCAGCAAACGCACAACAGGCCAACGCGAGUAAUCAGCAGCAGCAGUCGCAGCAGCAGCAACAGCCACAACAGGCACAGCAAGGCCAGGUUGUGGUUGUAAAUGCAACUACUCCUGUCACUGUCAGCCAAGGGCAAGGCCAAGUUAUACUCGACGAGGUCUACAAGUGUCAGGUGGCCUUCCCAGAGCCUAAAUGAUUCAGCUAGAGAAUACCUUUCAGGAGUUGGUAAAGAGGUUAACUUUUUUAACCUUUUUUUUUUAUAUUAAUCUCGAGAACAGCAAAAUCCAUGGAUAUAUAAUAUAAAAAGUAAUGGAUUUUACGCUGAAAGAGUCAAGUGAAUUCUGCACGAGUGACUGUGAACAGCGCAGCUCUUUUUUUUUGUGUAUGUGCAGCCACUCAGAUUUUGUGAAAGAAUAUUUGGUGACUGUCGAUAGAUUGAAUUUAGAUGGAUAAAGAUUUCAAGGGAAAAAAAACGAAAAAAAAAUAUGGACGGAGAGACUCUGCGUGAAGUUUGUGCGAGUGAUAAAUUUCGUGAAAUGUAUCCUCGGAAAUUUAAUUCGUAAUAUACAAUUGGACGAUUUUCAACCGCCAACAUCAACGAAGUCUUUUUGUGAAGUAAUAGAGAAAUAUGUCUACCUUUAUAUUUUGCCAUUCGAAAAGGUGGAAAAAACAAUUAAACCGUAUCGCGGCAUACAUUUCGUAUAUAUUAGUUUUCUAAAAUAAAACGGAAAAUGUAAUUGUAAUCGUAUCAUUCUUUCAUACAUGUAUAAUAAUCGUUAAUUUGUCCACGAGAACAAAAUUGCUAUACGUCUUGCCAGUAUUUCAUGAUUUCAUGAAUGGCAUUGUGCAAUAGUUCCGACAAAUUUUGCGAUUAGCCCGACAAAGUGUACUUUCGAAUGAUUGUAACAACGGAGGAUUGCGACGGCGUGUGUUUUGGUAAUGAAAAGCGCAAGUAUAAGGUAUCGAAUAUUUUACUCUUUUUUUUUUUUUUUUAAACAAAUUUAAAUUGUAUGAUGAAAAAUGCCCAAACCUCGGCCCUUCCAAUUCUUCUCAACAUCAUCAUGAGGCUGAAUUGUGUGUUUCACAAUGUUUAAAAUAUCAAUAAGAUUUGAAAUAUCUGUUUAAUUUCGACCGCAUAAAUUAUUUAUUUGACAAAUGAUAUACGCGCUAGUGAGCAUUGAGUAGUUAACGAGAAUUCUGUAUCCGGGAAAUUUUGUACUUGCGGAUAGCGUGGAACGGAACGACAUCGCGAUUUGUGCGAGCUCUCUUCCGUCCAGUCAUUCGAGAUCAGAAAACAUUGCAUCACUGACGAUGACGACAACGAUCAUGAAAAAUUACGGAGUAGUGCGGCAUACCUAUGUAACUCGUUGGGGCUGCAAUAAUAAUAGUGAAUAUUAACGGGCAAACUAAACCGUUUUAUAAUUUUAAGAAGCCGCGAACGACAUGAAUAUAUAUUAUAACUGAUAAAUAGUUGCUAGUUUGUAACAAGUAGCAAAGCUAGAUUAUAUACAUAUAUAAAUAUAUAUA